AGCAAGCUUAGGCGCUACACUCAUUUUAAAUUAACUUACACAGAACACAAGCCAAAACCAUGAACUUUCCCAAAAGUACCGUGCAGAAAUCCCCGUUAAUAAAGAGGAAGCUCAGACCAUGUCAUCUCGACUAUGCUGACGAGCGGCUAUGGGAACACAGUUACUUGAGGGAAAAAUGCAAGGAGCUACAUUUGGAGGAGGAGUAUAGGAACUACCAGGUCCGUCUGAUGGUCAGUAACCUCACCAUUUUUUACCUCUUGUUUAUAAUUCUGGGCAUAAGCUUUUUGACAAUCGAAAUGCUCAGCGUACAGCAAUACAAUGACAUCGUCGUUAACUUGAUUGUCAGAGUAGUAAACACUAUCCUGGUACUAACCUUGUUGAGCAUCAAUUUCUUCGAAAAAUUUGUCAGUCGCCAUCAAUGGGUCAUGAUAGUCAGCUCAGUGCUGUCGGUAUAUAUGGUGGUACUUUCUGAUAUCGCUCUGAUCACCUAUCACUAUUACGUGCACAACUGGCCCCUUAACACCUCAUUUGACGUCUUCGCACUGUGCAUGAUCUACAUGUUCAUGCCAAUUCCCUCGAUCAAGGGAGCUGCCCUAUUGGCAACCUCAGUCAGCCUUAUAUAUGUGGCCUUUUUUAUGCACUCGCUCACUUUCAACGCAGUGUACACUGAGCGCGAUAGUUUCGGCUUCGAUGUGAUGUCCACUGAUAUAUUGCACAACCUGGGCUUCAACAUGAUGGGCAUAUUUUUUCGCAUUAUGAACGACACCAUGGUGCGCGCCUCCUUCCUGGACCGCCACCAGUUCAUCAUGGAGGAGACUUGGUUGCGCCAUGCCUUGCACCAGGAAUCGAUACUACUGGACAGCAUACUACCGCCUCAGAUUGCGAAACCUCUUCAGGAAAAAAUCAAGAGCAAAAUAAUCCAGGCCGAAAAUAACCCCGAACGAUUCCAAAUGCGUCCUCGUUUGACAGAAAGCUUCAUGGCCAUCCAAAUUCAUCCUGAUGUCAGCAUCCUCUACGCCGAUGUGGUCAACUACACCCAUUUGACCACGACAUUGACGGUGGAAAACCUGGUGAAGGUCCUGCACGAUCUAUACGGCAGAUUUGACAUCGCCGCCUCUAAUUUCAAGGUGCAGCGCAUCAAGUUCCUGGGCGAUUGCUACUACUGUGUGGCGGGUUUGACUACGCCGGAUCCAGAUCACGCCAAGUGUUGCGUGUCCUUGGGCAUAUCCAUGAUUACCAACAUCCAGGAAGUUCGGGCUGAACGUGAAUUGGACAUCGACAUGCGCAUAGGGGUUCAUUCGGGCUCCCUGCUCGCUGGGAUUAUCGGCGAGGCCAAGCUGCAGUUCGACAUAUGGGGCACUGACGUGGAGAUCGCCAAUCAUCUGGAGUCCUCUGGGAAACCAGGUUACGUACACGUGAGUGGACGAACCCUGAGUAUGCUGAAUCCAGCGGAUUAUACCAUAUUGACUGGUACGCCCAAGGCUCGAAAGGAUCCAGUGCUGCGGUAUAUAAGCACCUAUCUACUUACUGGCCAACAGGCCCGCGAAUCAGUCUUAUCUUCGCUUGGUGGACUUUUAUCCGGUUCAAUUCUUGAAAUAAGGUCAAUCGAACGCAUCCGGUCAGGCAGGCCAAGUCAAUCAUCAAUGACCGAAGAGUUGCGCGAGGAGUUCCGGAAUAUGCCAGUUGGGGGCAUUAACUUUAACUCGCCCUGCUGCCAACGGACCAGCGUGGACACUCAUAAGAAGGCCCGGCGCGAGAUCGGGAUAUUUUGCGCAGCGUUCAAGGACUCUACUCUGGAAUGGAACUACAUGCACCAGCCGGACUUCAUCUUCAAGUCCUCAAUGCUGCUGGCCUGGGGAAUCGGGUGCUGCCUGAUCUAUAUCCAGAUAGUGACCAACAACUUUUCUUGCCCUUCCUGCAUUGUGGUCGACUUGGUCACGUUCUUCUUUCUGACUUCCUUGCUGUGCCUCGCGUGGUACAAGAACGUGUGUUGGUGGAAAAGCGGACGCUACGAGUUCAAGACCUAUGGAAAAUACAGCUGUCUUGCGUUCCACACUUUUGAAAAGAUCCAACACAGCGUGUCUCUGCGCAUUACCGUCUAUCUGGGGAUCUUAUUGUCCUACUAUUCCGUGAUCUCCUUGAUAAUAAUAAACUGUGACCGCGACUUGUACCAGUUGAGUUACAUUGAGAGCAAGCUCUACCACUACGAAAUGGAUCGGGAUACCUGUUUCCAUCCCUGGGUCUUCACAAACAUGAUUUCCCUGAUCCUGGGCAUAAGCUACACCUUCGCCCGCAUCCCAUUUGCCCUCAAGAUAUUCAUCAGCUGCUGCGAGACCCUCGCCUACUUGCUAAUCGUAUUUUUCCAGUUUGCAUUCAUUUUCCAGCACAGUGCCACCACAACUCCAUUUAUGAAGGCGGAAAUAGCCCACUGUCUUCGGGUGUGCAUGAUGUUGCUCACGAUGUACGCAAAGGAGCGACAGUCAGAGUUCAAUACCAAAAUGAACUAUAAGCUAAAUGUGGACUUGCAAAACAAGCAAAAAGCAGCCGAUUUAACAAACCAGUCGAUCAUAAUCCUGCUCAAUAACAUACUUCCUUCUCAUGUUGUUGACCUCUAUCUCAAUUCGUUAGCCAAACACGAACUCUACUGUGAAAAUUAUCCAAUGGUAUCAGUCAUGUUUGCCACGCUCAAAGAUUUUCCAAUGAACUUGCCCAGCCUCCGAGUGCUUAACGAUAUCAUCACAGAAUUCGAUAGACUGUUGACUGCUUACAGGGAAUACUACGUGGUGGAAAAGAUCAAAGUCGUGGGCUGGACUUAUAUGGCAGCUUGUGGACUGGACUUCAACAUGGCCUCAAACAUCCGCCAAACCAAUCACUUUCGCAAUAGUUCCCUACAUGUUGAGAUGGAACAAGCUCGUAAUCACAGGAUGACGGACGAGAACUACGACAGCGAUGUGAACAACGAUGAGGUGGUCUUCAUAAUGACCACAUUCGCCCUGGACCUGAUGCGAACCCUUGCGGCAUGCAACCGGGCGUACUCGAGCAUAUUAUUCGAGCGGUCCAUUUCCAAUGGGAGGAUCUGCAUCGGGAUCUCCAGCGGCGAGAUAAUGGCCGGCGUGGUGGGUGCUUCUCAGCCGCACUACGACAUCUGGGGAAACCCUGUGAAUAUGGCCUCCCGAAUGGAAUCGACCGGGCUGCCUGGACACAUCCAGGUGACGGAGGAGUCAGCGAAAAUUCUUCAGGAGUUCGACAUUAAAUGUAUAUACCGCGGCAUGACCUAUGUGAAGGGUCGUGGUGACAUACCCACCUAUUUCGUGGGCAUCGACGAGAACCUCAAAUUUAUGUCCGCAAAAUUGGUCAAUCGUAGUUUGUCAAGACGUUUCUCAGUUAUGUCUUCACUAGAUCCGGACAGCCUUAGGAGGAGUUCGACUAGUGAUCAAGAAUCCAGUGAAUAAUUUGGUAUACUUUUCCAAACAUUACUGAAAUAUAUAUUUUUGAUAUGUAA